AUGUCUGCAACUUCAUGUAACAAAACAACUCAGUUUCCAAAAUCUAAUCAAAUUCCAUGUGAAUGGAUAAAAUAUUUUAUUCUACUCCCAAUAAUUUCCUUAGCAAACGUAAAGACUAAAGUCACUCAACUGAUUUGUGAGUUAUGUCUUUGCACCUUCAGCUUAACUUUGAAGUCAAUGAGUAUUUAUAGUUUAACUAAAGGCACUCAGUUUACUUUGCUGCCAAACUUUACAAUUCCAGACAAGAAAAUUUCACAAAAACUUUGUGUUAAGUCAUUUGAAACAAAUGAUGUUAGUGACGAAUCAGGGAAAUCAGAUUUCAGUGCGAAAUUAACUUGUAUUCUUGAAAAAGCUAUUGGAAACAUUAUUGGGAAUGAUCCAAAAAUUACACUACAAGAUUCCCAAUUUACGCAGAUGAAAUGA